ACCGAGCGCGGAGAGCGCGGAGAGCGCGGAGGGAGGCGCGCGCGGGAGCGAACAUCCUCCCGGAUCCAGAGCCCGGCGGCGGCGAAGCAGCAGCUGCGGCCGCGCCCUUGCCAGAGCAGGUGCGUCCGCCUAGCCCCGCUCCGCCUGAGGCCGUCAGGGCUCCCGAGGAUGGAAGAUUCCCAGGAGACAUCGCCGUCCUCCAACAACUCCUCGGAGGAGCUCAGCUCUGCUCUGCACCUGUCCAAGGGCAUGUCGAUCUUCCUCGACAUACUGAGGAGAGCAGACAAAAAUGAUGAUGGAAAAUUAUCCUUUGAAGAAUUCAAAGCAUAUUUUGCAGAUGGUGUUCUCAGUGGAGAAGAAUUACACGAGCUUUUCCAUACCAUUGAUACACAUAAUACUAAUAAUCUUGACACAGAAGAGCUAUGUGAAUAUUUUUCUCAGCACUUGGGCGAGUAUGAGAAUGUACUAGCAGCACUUGAAGACCUGAAUCUUUCCAUCCUGAAGGCAAUGGGCAAAACAAAGAAAGACUACCAAGAAGCCUCCAAUUUGGAACAAUUCGUAACUCGAUUUUUAUUGAAGGAAACCCUGAAUCAGCUGCAGUCUCUCCAGAAUUCCCUGGAAUGUGCCAUGGAAACCACUGAGGAGCAAACCCGUCAAGAAAGGCAAGGGCCAGCCAAGCCAGAAGUCCUAUCGAUUCAAUGGCCUGGAAAACGAUCAAGCCGCCGAGUCCAGAGACACAACAGCUUCUCCCCAAACAGCCCUCAGUUUAAUGUCAGCGGUCCAGGCUUAUUAGAAGAAGACAACCAGUGGAUGACCCAGAUAAAUAGACUCCAGAAAUUAAUCGAUAGACUGGAAAAGAAGGAUCUCAAACUUGAACCACCAGAAGAAGAAAUUAUUGAAGGGAAUACUAAAUCUCACAUCAUGCUUGUGCAGCGGCAGAUGUCUGUGAUAGAAGAGGACCUGGAAGAAUUCCAGCUCGCUCUGAAACACUACGUGGAGAGUGCUUCCUCCCAAAGUGGAUGCUUGCGUAUUUCUAUACAGAAGCUUUCAAAUGAAUCUCGCUACAUGAUCUAUGAGUUCUGGGAGAAUAGUAGUGUAUGGAAUAGCCACCUUCAGACAAAUUAUAGCAAGACAUUCCAAAGAAGUAAUGUGGAUUUCUUGGAAACUCCAGAACUCACAUCUACAAUGCUAGUUCCUGCUUCGUGGUGGAUCCUGAACAACAACUAGAUGUUCCUAGACAUUUUCUUUAUGGUUCCAAGUGCGAAACAGGUGUUCUUAUCUAAAACGUCAAUUAGAAAAUUAUCUGCAGUUGUUAAUCUACUGUAUAUUUUUGUUUGGUAUAUUUACUAAGUGCACUCUUUCAAAACUUAUUCUAUAACUUUAUCAAUUCAUGUGAAUUUUAGCUCAAUUUUCAAAGUUCACUAAUAUUCUCAAUAUUUAAUGCUAAAUGCUUUGCUACAUUGUAACUCACCUAAAACCUUUUAGUGACAAAAUCCUAAUAUGUGGAAAAAAGCAUAUGCAUAAAGGAAUAAUAUUGUGAAAAUGAAUUUGUUAUGAUAAAAAAUAAAGUGGAAACUUUUAGAGUAUUACUUCAUAGGGCAGAUUUUGUAAAUUGUUGUAUACUGUAAAGGGUUAAAUCAGCGUUUUGUGAUUUUUAAGUAACUGUGAGUGAAGUUUAUUCUUUAACAAUGUCUACUCCAUCCCCAACCCAACUCACAGCCCUAUGACUACUAUCUUUGCAUUAGUUAAAAAGUUAGUAUAUAGGCAUCAAACAACCUUGGCUGUAACCUAUAGAAUCUCUAUCCAUGUAUCAGGUUAUAGACUGGUUUUUCAAAAGUGAACAAUCCUGUGAUAAGUUGGAGUACCAUUUAGUAAUACAGCAACAUUGUGUCAUUUAUUAGCAUCAUAAUUCUUUGUUAUGUAAGUUAAAUAUAUCAAGAAAGAAGAGACUGUUUGGAAAAAUGUGGUUCAAGUUUUAUGCUAUAUAGUUUUGGUAUGCAAUACAGACAGCUAACUUUUCUUAUGAAAAAUACAUAUUUGCAUGUAAACAAUGAUUUCAAAAUACUUGAAAAAUAAAAUUUUAACCCAAAUGAAUAACUAAGAAAUAUAAAACAAGCACAAAAUCUUAGGGAAGUCAUAAAAUAGUAGUGAAAGUAUUAGAAGACAUCUGUUUUCCAAUUUCAACACUAGAAUGACUAAAACUAUCUACCUACAGAACUAUCUGUAGAUAGUAUACUAUCUACACUGUGCUCAACAAGCUCAGAAAUUAAAUAUUUUUAAUAAUAAAAAUCUGUUCUCGUUAUAAACCUUGCUAACGAAAAUACAAUACAUAUAAAAAUGUAUAGCCAUGUUAUUUUCUAGUAUAAAUUCCUUUGAAACUAUAAGUCUUUGGGGAAAAAUAUAAGGUAAAAUUUUCCUAUUUUUCCCCCUUUGAAAAACUCAGGAAAAAAGGAAGAUUGAACUAAUAAAAUUUUAUUUCUUAAAUAUAAAUUUGACCUAAAAUAUUUUCUCAAACUAAUUCAUGAAACAGCAACUUUUACCAAUACCUUUGUAUACUCUCAGUUCUCAUUCUGUAUAAAUAAAAUUUUAAAAUCCUUUCAUAGUUCUAUUAGAAAUAAGUAGUAAAUUUUGAUAUAUUGUACAUAUACACGUGUGUGUGUGUGUGUGUGUGUGUAUUUGUGUGCCUCUGGUCAACUCUAAGGAUGACAGACACUGUGUAACAACACCUGGGUCAACUCUUUUAAUUUAUAUACAAAGCAAAGAACAACAUUAAUGGAGAUGCACAAUGAUUAUUCAAACAAGCUAUAUAUAUAUGUACAAAGGCAAACAGACACAUAACAGUCUCUGCAGACUGAUUGUAUAUAGUAAGAAAAGAUCAAAAGACUUUAAAACCUAAAUGACUUUUGACAUACAAACUCUUCUUGAGAAUGUUUGUUGUAAAUGGUUUCAAAAAUACAAAUUAUAGCCAAUCAAAACAUUGCUUUGGUUGGUGUAUUUAAGUAUCCAACUCAAAAAGCAUAUCAAAUAUUUUGGGUACUAGGCAGUUUCCAAAGUAGCAUGGUAGUAUUAUUUGUUAAAAGGGUUCUGUUUUCAGUAACAGUACCAAGUGGAAGGGAUCUGCAGAUUCCAAAUUGGAAUAAGCUCUAUCAUAUUCUGAAACAAGAAUUAGAAUGACUUGAGAAUGGGCAAAUAACAAAGCAAACCAAUAUAAUUAUAUGGUCAUUCUGACGCCAGCUCUUAUACAAAUUAUACAUGUAUUUUUGUGUAUGUUUGUGAGAGUUGUAUGUAUGUGAAUGUGUGUGAGUGUGUAUUCACAUACACAUAUAUACUGGAACCUAUAGUAGAAAAGGAAACUAGUAGGGCCAAAAAAAAAAAAAGAAAAAGAAAAAGAAAAAAGAAAAAAAAAGAAAAAACUGGGACCUAAGUAUAAAUAUCUCAUCUUAAACUAAACAAUAAGUUUAUAGUUAACGAAGAUUUUUUUCUAUUUAAAACCCCAUUUUCCUAAAGAACAAAGUAGUAAAAUAAAAAAAAAAAUUAAAAAAUAAAAAAUAAAAAAAAGAGGUCACUAAAAGACCAAGAUGGGAAAUGUAACAUGGAAUACAAGCUUGAAUCUAGGAAACAAGCUCAAAAAACAGUGAAAAAAAAGUACUGGUUUAGGAGUUCAAAAUUCAGUGAAACAAACUUUUUGCCAAUAGACCUAGGGAUCUAAGAAAUAGAAUUAGGGAGAGUUUACACUUACCUAUAUAUCAGCAGAUUUUUCUGGAAGAAACCCUUUUUUUUUUUUUUUUUUAACAGUAACAUCCAGAGUGACAAAUUGCAGGAGAUUUAAUGUAUAUAAUUUCUAGGAAUUAAAAGCUUAAACCCAAAAAUUGUUCAUCCAUAUAUAAGAAAUUAUAGAAUUAAAACUUAAUGUAUGUCAAUUAUUUUCAAAUGUCUAAAUUCCUUUGGAAAUAAAAAUAUCAGUUUUACUUUGAAAUUGCUCAACUUCUGCUAUUCAUAUGGUCUGAUUAGUGACAUAAGUAGCAGCCGUUUUUCGACUUCAGUUUCAUUCACUACCAUUGUUUCCAAAUUAUCAAUCUCUGCUAGUAAUUAUGAAUUUAAGACCAUAUUAUUAUCAAAAACCUAGAGACCAAUCAUAUAUCUGAAAAGAAAUACCCAUUAAAAAUUCUGCCUCCUGUUUAUUGAGAACUAUGCAUUGAACAUUCUGAAUCAUUCUAAGCCUCUGGAGAGACUGUAAUGAUCCAUUCAUGAGCUGGUAUGAAAUCAGUGGGAAGCAGAACAACAGAAGCAACUUUAAAAGCAACAAGCAAUUAUGUACCAUAUAUACACUGUAGCAAAUAUUUUAUAUUUGAGAGUCUUUACAGCUUACAUUUCCAUUCCAUUAUUACAAGUGAUGAAAAACAAAAAAUUGCAAGUAGUAUGCAAAUUAUAAAUAUACAGUCUUCCCACUUCACUAACCAAAUUCCUACUUUCCAGUGUUACUUCCCAAUUUAUGCAGGAAACCUCCUGCAAAGCUGAAACUGAUUAGAAAAUUCUUUAUAUUUUAAAAUAGCUCUUUCUCAUUUUUAGAGAAGUCAAAUAGCCAACCAUCAAAAUUAAGAAUAAAUUGAAUUGUCACAGUCCAUUACAGUUAUUGUUGCUAGAUCCACCUCAUUUGCAGAUGUCCAAACUUAAAUUCAUCUGUUCUUAAAAUGCUACUUAAAACUUUGGUUGUUUUCCUGUAAUAUAAAAGAGAAAGUUAAUUUAUCAACUGAUGAUUGAAUACAGUUUUUACUAAUUAGUUUAUCAAACCAAAUACCGUGAACGUACCGGGUGUUUACAGAUUUAAAUGCAUGUUACCAUAGAAACUAUUAAAGUAACUAGAACUGUCAAAUAACAAAAUGGCUCAUGUUUUUAAAAUAUAUGUAACUCAUUUUAAAAUAUAUUAAAUUGUAUUCCAAACCUGUUCUUCUGUUUCUGUGGCACCUAGCUUUAAAAUAUGUAUUAAUGUGUAAAUCACAAGUAAAAUGAAUUCUAAUGUACAAGUUUGUUUUAAAAAGUCUAUGUCAAGCUUUUAUUUACACAAUAAAAUGUUAUUAAAGAUGGAAAGUCUACAAAUGAAAAA